GACAAUUUGAGCCAGCAAAUUCUACCACUCGAUUAGAUUGCGUGCUUUGGAAGUAGGCGGUCUUUGACCAUUGCUCGCUGUACUUUGAUAUGUGUGCGGCUCAGCUGUAGAGUCAGUAGACGACAACUGGGCUGUGCGGAGGAUUUAUGUGUUUGACAAUGUGAGUUAAUCUAUGGAAAACUAAAACCGAAAUUAUAGUCUACAGAAAAACUAGAUCUACACUUUCGGAAGUUCACAGGCAGACGACUACAUACUCAAACAUUUGGUCCUGAGGCCUGAGUGCCAUGCCAGAGGAGUCCCACAGUGCUCUCCAUAAGGGCCCAAUGGGGGAAGAAUCUCCUCAGUUGUACUCUGCCCUCUCCAUCAGUGGUGGCUAUGAGCGACAAGCCAGCUACAGUCGGCUUUGUGCUGACCCCUCAGCGGGAGAGGCUGAGCAUCCAGUGAGCCUGGUAUCCACUCUGUCCUCAGUCUCCUCCCGGGACAGCCACAUCCUCUACGGCAGUACCUCAGCCCUCCCCUCCACACCACCUCCCCCCAGUGGAACGGACGUUGACCUGGAGCUCAGCCCUGCAGAGGGAGCCAGGGAGCAGCCCCAGACCAAGAUGCAGGGCCUCAGUCAGGGGGGGACCAGAGACCAGUGGCUGGACCACAGUCAGACCAGGUCCCAGUGCAACAACAACGCCACCACCAACAGGAGGACUAAUGCACCUCAGACCCACACCGCACCCUUUGCCACUGAAGCCAUGGCUCCCAACCCUAAGCUCAGCUACGUGGACCGUGUAGUCAUGGAGAUAAUUGAGACAGAGCGCAUGUAUGUCAGGGACCUUCGCAGCAUCGUGGAGGAUUACCUGGCUCACAUCAUAGACAUGGACAACCUUCCCAUUCAUCCAGACCAGGUUUCUUCCCUGUUUGGGAAUAUAGAGGACAUAUAUGAGUUCAACAGUGAGCUGCUGCAGUCUCUGGACAUGUGUGAGAAUGACCCGGUUGCUGUGGCAAGUUGCUUCGUGGACAAGAGUAACGCUUUUGAAAUCUAUACACAGUACUGCACAAACUACCCCAACUCUGUGGGUACACUGACCGACUGCAUGAGGAGUAAGACUCUGGCCAAGUUCUUCAGGGAUCGCCAGGCCUUCCUCAAGCGUUCUCUCCCCCUGGGGUCCUACCUGCUCAAACCCGUCCAGAGGAUCCUCAAAUACCACCUGCUUCUGCAGGAGAUCGCCAAGCACUUUGACCCUGAGGAGGAGGGCUAUGAGGUGGUGCAGGAGGCCAUUGACACCAUGACCGGGGUGGCCUGGUACAUCAAUGAGAUGAAGAGGAAACACGAGCACGCUGUCAGGCUGCAGGAGAUCCAGUCUCUCCUGAUCAACUGGAAGGGUCCUGACCUCACUACGUAUGGAGAGCUGGUGCUGGAGGGAACCUUCCAGGUCCAACGUGCCAAGAACACCAGGAUGCUGUUCCUCUUUGACAAGAUGCUCCUCAUCACCAAGAAGAGAGGAGAGCACUAUGUCUACAAGACACACAUAUUGUGCUCGACCCUGAUGCUGCUUGACAGCGCCAAGGACCCUCUGCACUUCAGUGUGAUCCACUUCAAGCAUCCCAAGCAGCCUCACACUGUGCAGGCCAAGACUGUUGAGGAGAAGCGCCUCUGGGCUCAUCAUAUCAAGAAACUGAUUCUAGAGAACCACCACACCAUUGUCCCACAGAAGGUAAAAGAGGCCAUCCUCGAAAUGGAUUCUCUCUACCCAGGGUCUGGGAAGUACCGCUACAGCCCAGAGAGGCUGAAGAAGGCUGGAUCCUGCCGGGCUGAAGACUUUUCCGCAGAGGAGAGACCCGGACGCAGGACAUCAGAACCAGGGAAACCGAUCGUAAGGACAACCAAAGCCAUUCUGAAGCUACAGCACGCAGACAGAGAAGGUGCUCUUCUGGGGGACAGGCGUUCCCUGCAGUCAGCUGCUAGUGUCAGUAUGCUGGGCUCCAGUCUAGGUGAGGCUGAGAGGCCUGGUGUGCUGGGAGCCCCGGAGGAGAUGCCCUCCUGCGGCCUGAGUCCCAGUGAGGACCCUAAGCCAGGGUCCUUACCCUGCCAGGGGGGCACUGAGCAGCAGGAGGAGAAGGAGAAGAAGGGGGAGAUAAACACAGAUAUUCUGAUGGAGGAUAACCAGGUAGCCGACUUUGCCAGCUCCAAGCUGGCAGCCAUCUCCUGCUGGUACUAUAGGGCCAGGGCUUUACUUUCUGCUCGGUUCACAACGGAUGAAGAACACCAUGAGGUUCUAGUUAAGAAGGGACCAAUGGGGGAGAGGAUGGAGACAUCAGCCCAGGAGAUCAGCGAGUUGGCUACAGAGGAGACCUUCACUGACCAGGUGUAUGUGGAGGAGGUGCCUCCUCAAAGCAGUGCUCCUACGGUAGUAGUGAUGGAACAGAGUGAGGCGAACCCACCCCUAUACACAGAGCCUGAUGCUUUGCCGACCCUGCCUCCCAGACAGCCUGUGACGUCUCAGACACUGGAGCCUGAGAGGGGUAUCUGGGGGGGAGGAGUAGAGGAAGCGGGAGGGGAGGAAGAGGAGAGUGACUGCUCUGUCCAACAGGACGAGAUGAACUCAUCAGUGACAAAUGGAGAGUGUUCAGAGUUUGGUGCGGCGGUGGGAACUGAGACCAGCCGCAUCCUGCCUGCCUCUGUGUUGGACCAGGGCAGUGUAAUCACUGAGCAUUUUGUCGGCAGCCUGGUGGUCUCAGAGGAUCUGUGUUCCCUGGGCUGCCCCUCACCUCAGCUGGGCAGCAAGAGCAGCAGCACACCCUGUCUGAACACCGAGCUCGAGGAGGAGGUCCAGACCCUGGUUAACUCCACCCCAGAGCACCCACUGCUCCUGAAAGGCAACACCUCACCGCCUGCCCCUAGACCAGACCACCUCAUGGAGGUGGAGCGCAGAUCCACUCUCUCCAAGCAGGACCGGAUACUCAUCCACAAGAUCAGGAGGUACUAUGAGCAUGCAGAGCACCAGGAUGCCAGCUUCAGCAUCAAGCGCAGGGAGAGCCUGUCCUAUAUUCCUGCAGGCCUGGUCAGACACCUGAGCCGGCAGCUCAACAGCAAACCCCAGGACCAAGCAGUUCCAGGCCACAGGAAGGUCUCCCCGAACAACCGGCCCACAUCCUGGUCAGUGUUCGACCUUCCUGGCUUAGAAAAAGAGCAGAGGACUAAUAAUACCCCUGUGCUGGAGCCACAAAAAGCUGCAGACGUCAAGCCCAGGUCCCAGAGUGUCAAUGAUGCUCCUGUUGGAGACGAGGAUGAGUUCUUCAGACCAUCCUUGGACAUGGUCCAAGUGUGGCAAGACAUAGAGAUGGAGGAGGUUUAUGGGAGCCUUGGGAAACCCAAUGGUAUCCAGGGUACAGAGGACAUUGUCCAUCCCAGAUCACAUCUAUCCCGGAAGGGGGGAACCAGCAGCGAGAGCCCUGAAGCUGAGUAUAUCGAGCCCCUGAGGAUCCUGGAGGAGUCAGACAUGGGUGCUGUCUCAGAGGAAUCCCCAUCACCCAUCACAACCUCCCCAGACCCCUUCUCAGGGCAGGAGUCCUGCCAGAAUAAGACUCCCAAGUCCUGGGAGAGAGGCACAGUCAGUAGAGCUCCCCUCCCCAGGACCAUCAGCCUGCGUUCAGGGGUGGAAGAGGACCUGAUUCUGCAGGAUAUGGAGAAGACGAAGAACAAGGUUUUCCAACUGGCCCGCCAGUACAGCCAGCGCAUCAAGAACAGCAGGCCCGUGGUGAGGCAGAGAAACAUGGAGGCUGAGAACCACCUUGCCCUUAAGAACCUGCCAGCUGUCUAUGAGGAGAAGGUCCAAAGGAGAGACUGGGGUAGGCCUAACCUGACACUGUCACUCAAAUCCUAUGAGCAGGUGGUCGUGCAUGAGCGGAGGACCCCAAGCCCAGUCCCAAGUCUCAACUCUGGGGCUAGCUCACAGGUCACGUCCCCCUGUCCCAACAGUCCUCACAACCCAGUGCAGACACAGAGUUUCCACUGGCCAGAUGUCCAGGAGCUGCGCUCCAAAUACACUAACCACAGGCUGGACCCUGGUUCCUCCCACCCAUCACCUGUCAGCCAUAGCUGCUCCGUCCCAGAGAGGAUGCAGAGUUGCACUGAGGACUUCAGUACCUCAUGGAGCCCCGAUGGCUACUCAUCCAGCUGCAACUGCUCCACAGACACUAACAGUGGACUAACAGACUCACUUGAGACUAUGUCAUCCAUGGACCACCAGGGUGGGGAUUCUGUGGGAGAGGCUCAGCCACGGCUUUGCAGGUGGCACUCUUUUGAUCACUUGCUAGGAACACUGCCUCUACAGGAGCUGCAGAACCUUCAGGAGACAAUGAGGAGCUGUUACAUGGCUGGUCAGGCUACCCUGCCCAACGAGCACAAGGUUAUUAUAGUGGAGAGGGUUGCUGGCGAUGGGCCAGAGGAGACUGGAGGGAAGACGAGAGUGGAGGAGCAAGGAGCUAAAGGAAAGACCAAACUUAAAAUCUCAAAAAGCCUCGACUACCAGUACUGUGCCAAGAGGUCUGCACUGACUUCAGACAAAAAGAUUGAGAGUAGUCUGGUAAAAAACCUACGAGCAAAAUUCCAGAACUUGGGGUCAAACACUGUAAAUGCCACGCCUAUUUGAUCGCUUUCUGUAAUGAAAUAAGCCUUUUCUUACCUAUAUAUGCAAUUGACGUUGAGAAAUAUGAAUAUAAAUACUGUCUAUUAGGCAGUAACUACUGCUACUGUGUUAGGAGUACCAUUUUCAUGUUCAUUUUCUACUUUUUGUCUGUAUUAUCACCUUAUCUCACAUCAGUCUCUUUUCUCACUUCUGGUGUUACCUACUAAGGAUAUUGAAUAAUCAAGAGCACCCCAUGGGAGAAUAUGUUGUGACUUUGUAAAAUGUGUAAAUAGAUGUAAAUGUGUCUUGUUCUUACACCAUCAUAAAAUGUGUUUACAUGAAGAGAAUGACUAUGUAUAUAAGAAAAAUGGUUUGGAGAAAAAACAUCAGCAUAUUGAAGUAGAUCUGUCCAGAUUACCCAAUUCCCCCCCCCCGUGUAACGAUGCAAUGGUCAUCCUCUAUUUGUGAUUCAAUUGUGAGGGUCAUAAGCAAGGAAAUAGUGAAAAGAUAUAUGCGACUUAAUAUAUAAAUGGGAGUAAAUCUGGAAGGCUGGGCCAUAAUUAAGUUAUUUAUUGCGGAUUUACAGCCAUUAGGAUUCACUCAACCCUGUUUGACCUUUGGUCAAAGUGUUUUUCCUUCAGUUGUUUAAAAAUGGGAGAUGUCUGUGCUGUCUACUAUUCAGCCAAAUGUGCCAUAUUUAGCUACUCCUCAGUACUAUGAUUGUUUCCAUACAUCACUGGAGUUGUUUUCUGUUUUCUUGUUAUUUAUAAAAUGAUCCUCAUCUUCGUAGACCUUUGCAUUCCAGAAACGGCACAGAAUAAUUUUAUACUUGAAAUGGCAAAUAUGCUCAAUAAAAUCUGAGCUAUUGAAAUUACAGUA